AAAAUUCCACAAUUUGUACACAGAUUUCACUCUUGAGUAACUCUGAAAGCAAACCUACUUCACUUCUGAAUUUAAAAUCUUYAAAAUCAUUUCAAAAUGGCUCAAGAAUUCAAAAAAGUUGUGAACUUUGCCCCAGGACCAGCUAAACUCCCUGAAGAGGUUUUGGAACAAGCACAGAAAGAAUUUCUCAACUAUGGGAAUCUUGGCAUCAGUGUCAUGGAGAUGAGUCAUCGCUCAGCAGAAUUCACCAAAAUCAUCAGUGAUGCUGAAAAUAACCUGAGAGACCUAUUAGAUAUUCCAGACAACUAUAAAGUUCUGUUCUUACAAGGUGGUGGUACUGGACAGUUUUCAGCAGUACCUCUAAAUCUUAUGAAAGAUGGAGGAUCUGCAGAUUACAUCAUUACUGGUACUUGGUCUGCUAAAGCCGCAAAAGAGGCUGAGAAAUAUGGCAAGGUCAACCAUGUGUUCCCUAAACUGGACACUUACAACACAAUUCCCUGCCGUACUGAAUGGAACCUUGAUCCCCAAGCUUCUUACGUGUAUUAUUGUGCAAAYGAGACAGUCCAUGGCGUGGAGUUUGAUGAGAUCCCUGAGACUCACGGCGUACCACUCGUGUGUGACAUGUCGUCCAACAUCUUGACAAAACCAGUUGACAUCAAGAAGUUUGGACUUAUUUAUGCGGGAGCUCAGAAGAAUAUUGGCUGUGCAGGAGUGACAAUAGUCAUUGAGAUGAACAAGAGAAGUGUCAUGAAAUCUUCUUUGAUCUACGAUAUCAUUGAUUCAUCGAAUGGAUUCUAUAGUGGCAAAGUCAAGCAAGGCUCUCGUUCCCGCAUGAACAUUACACUGAGAAUAGGAAAUGAAAGUGGGAAUGAAGAACUGGAAAAAAGAUUCGUGGAGGAAGCUGGUGCAAGAGGAAUGAUCCAGCUGAAAGGACAUAGGAUUGUUGGCGGAAUUAGAAUAUCAUUGUACAAUGCCAUCACAUUAGAAGAAACGAAGGCACUCGCUGACUUCAUGAUGGAAUUCCAAGACAAAUACAACAAACCAAUUAGACACUGAAACGACGGAUACGAACAGCUAUUGAAUCCCACAAAAAAAAAAAAAAAAG